CGACGAACGAAAUGGCUGGGUACGACGAGCUCAUUCGCCGCUUGGGUGAGACCCCGCUGGAUGAGCGGUCUGCGCUGACGAAAGUCGAGAACGUGGAUCAAGUAGUCCGUAGCAGUGUUCCUGAAGACGCGACAGCCAUCCUUGAAGAGGCUGUUGAGAAGACGUUGCGGUGUGCGGAUCUCCUGGACAAAGCCAUUCGACUCGCCAACAAGAUCAACCAUAGCAGCGCGCACGACGACACGGACGGUGACGCGUAUGCUUCUGCCGUGCAGGAACUCAUUGCAGCGAGUGAGAGCGUCGACGCUGUGGCGCAGAAAUCGCAGUUGUUUCACGACGCGGCCAAGGCAAGCCGCGCGCUGUUGACCCAUGCCGAUUCCAACGUGGUUGAGUCGAAAGACGACGCGUUCCAUGACUUGUACUUGGAAGAGUUUGCGACUGUGUUUGGCGAUGAAUUGGACCGGUUCCGCCAAGAUGACACGUUUGAGGCCAAGGACGUGAGUUACUUGAUCUCGUGCAUAAAGGGCGGCGCCGAUGUGUUCUCACCGCUAGAGAAAGCCCUUUUUGUCGCGUCUGCCACGACCUAAUGUACAUCUGUAUUCGAUUCACUCGC